AUGAGACGUGGGAGAAGAAGAGGGAAAAUGGGGAUGGAGGGGCCUAGGCAUCAGCCGCCUACCCUCGUCCCAUUGCUGAUGAGCGUGACGGCUGUGUUGAUAUCACACCACGUCUUCAACGCCGCUGCACAGAUACCAGACCCAGAGCUUCUCCCAACAGACCCUCCAAAAAAGCCAGAUCCAGUCACUUCAGAAACUGUGGUGUUUUGGGGUCUUCGAUUAUGGCAGGUUAUAGGCAUUUUCUCCAUGUUCAUCCUAGCAAUUAUAAUAACACUGUGCUGCAUCUUCAAAUGCCGAAUUCCACGAACGAAAAAAGAGAUAGAGGCUCGAAACGUACAAAGACAAGCAGCGAAAACGUAUGCCAACACACUGGAGACGGUGCCCCCCCUCAACGAACUCACGGAGGUGCCGGGAGCGGCUAAGGCUGAGGAGAAGAAGGAGGAGGUGCCAACCGUUGCGGGCAAGGUUGAUGCUGAGAAGGGAAAGAAGAAAGAAAAAGAAGGCAAAAAGGAAGGCAAGGGUGCAAAAGAAGGAAAAGAAGGGAAAGGAGAAGAGGAGGAAACCACAAAGAAGAAAGGAGAAAAGGGGGAGAAAGGAGCACCGAAGAAAGAGGUAUCGGAUGGAGGGAAAGGUAAAAAGGGAGGUGGAGAGAAAGGAGGAGAAAAAGGAGAAGAAAAAGGAGGGAAAGGAGGCGGAGCCAAGGGCGGUGCCAAGAAGCCUGUAAAGAAAUGA